UGUAGCUUGUGUAUUCCCUGAACAAGCUUACUGAGCAAAUCUUCCAGGUGUGUAGUUUGCCAAAUGUUUCAUAAUUCUCUUACUAUUUUAUAGUUGCCUUUAGGCAGCAGAAAUGGAAAAGCUCUGUCUCCAUACAAGCAAAAAUGCCUCCUUGUGAUUUUGUACCUGAAAAAUAUGAAUCCUAUCCAUAUGAACGUGUGCAGAAGAUCCGUGAACAACAUGUUGCUCCUUCUCUGCGAACGUAUUACAAGAAACCAUUGCUGCUGCACCAGGGACAUAUGCAGUGGUUGUUUGACCAUAAAGGACGAAGAUAUCUUGAUCUCUUUGCUGGAAUUGUCACUGUCAGUGUUGGACACUGUCACCCGAAGGUAACUAUGGCUAUCCAGAAGCAGCUGGCUCGCCUGUGGCAUACCACCAAUAUCUACAUGUACCCAGCAAUCCACGAGUAUGCUGAAAGGCUAACUUCUCUUUUUCCAGAUCCACUGAAGGUGGUUUAUCUCACCAACAGUGGGUCAGAAGCCAAUGAUUUAGCUAUGUUCAUGGCAAGGGUACACACUCGUAACUUCGACAUCAUCUCUCUCAGAGGAGGAUACCACGGAGGCAGCCCUUACACGCUGGGUUUGACAUCUCUGACUCCUUAUAAGCAUGGUGUUGCCAAUGGCUUUGGCUGUACAUCUACAAUGUUACCAGAUGUUUUUCGUGGUCCAUGGGGAGGCAGCCACUGUAGAGAUUCACCUGUGCAAACUGUUCGAAAAUGCAACUGUACUGAAGGUUCAUGUCUUGCAAAAGACCAGUACAUCGAACAGUUCAAAGACACUCUGAAUACCUCAGUGCCCAAGACAGUAGCUGGAUUUAUUGCUGAACCAAUUCAAGGUGUUAAUGGAGCUGUUCAGUACCCAAGAAAUUUCUUAAAGGAAGCUUAUCAGCUUAUACGGGAAAGAGGAGGCCUUUGCAUUUCAGAUGAAGUACAGACAGGAUUUGGACGGACAGGCAGCCAUUUCUGGGGGUUUCAAACACAUGGUGUAGUCCCUGACAUCGUUACUUUGGCAAAAGGAAUCGGUAAUGGCUUCCCAAUGGCAGCUGUCGUUACAACAAAAGAGAUUGCAAGUUCCUUGGCUCAAAACCUUCACUUUAAUACGUUUGGAGGAAACCCUCUGGCCUGUGUAGUUGGAGCUGCAGUUCUUGAUGCUAUUGAAGAAGACGGUCUACAAAGAAACAGUGAGGAUGUGGGAACAUACAUGCUGCUGGAGCUGGCUAAACUACGGGAUAAAUUUGAGAUUGUUGGAGAUGUCCGUGGCAAGGGACUUAUGGUUGGAGUAGAAAUGGUGACAGAUAAGGACAGUCGAUGCCCUCUUCCAACUGAAGAAAUAAAUCAGAUUUGGGAAGACUGUAAAGACAUGGGUGUUCUGAUCGGCAGAGGAGGGCUCUACAGUCAGACAUUCAGAAUUAAGCCUCCUAUGUGCAUUACUAAGAGGGACGUCGACUUUGCUGUGGAAGUAUUUCAUACUGCUUUACAGAGACACAUGGAAAGAGCAGCUGCAAAAUAGACUUGGUUUCCUUCUAUGACAGGCACACACAAUCCCUGAUACUCACAACCCAGACUGGGCACUAAUCUACCCUGGAAGACAAAAUCAUAGUGUGACAAUUACAUGCUUGUUCAAUAUCAUAAGAACAUUCUGAGAGAUAGUGUUCAACACAGGACGUGGUGUAAUCUCUUUUCUAAAUGUACAAUUCACUUCUACGGUGCUGAUUUCUGUGAACUGCACACCUAUUUUGCCGUUGUCAGAAAAACCCUGACUGGAUUAACAGAGUACCAAAUAGAGGCAGGCAUAUGUUCUUCUUUCCCCUGUGAAAGUUGUAUCAAAAUCAGUAAUUUUCAGAAAGAGUGACACAAAGAGUUGGGGAAGAAAUUUCAGUUAAAACUGUUUACCCUGCCUACAAAGACACACUGUAAUUAGAGCAUUACAAGCAGUUUGCACAGCUGAGAUGUUUCUAAUUACAGUAAUUAUUUUUUUCAUGGGGAUAAGAAAUCCAGUCAUCACCCUCUCCAAAACACACUUCUCUUUUCCUCCUGCCACUCUUGGGAUUGCACAGCACACCUAUUAAUCAUUUUGUAAAGGUGCAAACUCUGGAAGGUGGAAUAAGAUGUUCUUUCUUACAUAAUCACCUUUUAAUGUGUAAGACCAUUGCUUCCUUCAGUUUCUAAUUAAAAAAACAAAUGUUGUGGACAGUCAGCAAGAACUGUGCAUUUCUCAUUUUACUUUUCUUCCAAUUUUAAUAUAUGAAAAAAUCCUUGACUCAAUAAAGUACCAUGUCAAGUCUGGGGGAGGAGAAUAUUCUGACAGUACUUUACAGGAACUUUGGUGACAGAGCAUCAGUACCUCUCCGAAUCUUACUCCAUAGGUCCUAAACAAUAUCAUAUAGCCUUUGCUGAGCACUGUCUUCUGCAACUCCAUUGAUAAGUCCUGUGUACAACCCAGUUCUACUCCAAAACCAGGUGUUAUCCCACCUUUUUUCCUACUCAAGAUCAGGCAGAUUAUGCCUUUAAACAGAAGUGCAGUGUCUCUCCUUAGAAAUCAGAACAGAUUCAUUCAUUCAUGUCACUCAUUGUUUUCUCCCUCACUUACUCCAGCAAGGCUGUUCCACUAGACUAUUUUUUCACCAACACCUGCCAUGGAGGUAGAUAUACAAAACCAAUAGGAAUUGUCAAAACUGAUUAAAGAGCUUUGUCAUCUAA